AUGUUGCACCACCUGAAGCAAUUCCAGUCCCAAGAGAACAUGACACCAAAACUGCAUCUUCUUCUAGAACACGUUUUGCCUUUCAUGCGACGACACAAGACGUGGGCUAAAACAAGCGAGCAAGGACUGGAAGCGCUUCAUGCGAUCGUCAACCGACUUCUCAACAAAUAUAGAUGCACUAGAAACAAGGAAGAACAAAUGUCACAAGUCUCAAUCCGCGACGCCGAUGGCCUCUACAACCACACUCUGUGGACAUCUGACGUCGAAAACGAGAAGAAGAUCUUCCGUCCAUUCCACGUGGAUAUCCUCCAAUCGACGUGA